GUGCCUUCAUCUCCUGCUGACCUGAGGAUGGUGCUGGUGGGGAAGACUGGAUCAGGGAAGAGUGCAGCAGGAAACACCAUCCUGGGAAGAGAAGGUUUUGAAUCUGAGAUGUCACCUGAAUCUGUGACGAAAGAGUGUAGAAUAGAUCAGGUCAUGUCAGGGGAAAAGACCAUCUCAGUUACUGACACACCGGGUGUGUAUGACACAGCAUUAGGUGAGGAGGCUUUCAAGCGUAAGUUGGAAGAAUGUAUUUACCUGACAGUUCCUGGACCCCAUGUGUUCCUGCUAGUGAUCAGUGUUGGGGUUAGAUACAGCAGGGAAGAGGAGGAUGCAGUGCAGUGGAUCUGUGAUAAUUUUGGUAAGGAAGCCUUACAGUACGCAGUCGUACUCUUCACUCACACUGAUGGGCUCAAAGAUACGCCCUUAGAGCAAUAUGUUGGUGAAAGUGAGGAUCUCCAGACACUCAUUAGGGACUGUGGGGACAGAUUUCAUGGUUUUAACAAUAAUGACAGAAAUCCACAUCAGGUCACUGAACUGCUGCAGAAAAUUGAAUGCAUGGUGGUGGGAAACAUAUUGAGGGGAAGUGAACACUAUACCAAUGAUAUGUAUGAGAGAGCCCAGAAACAGGUUGAAGAAGCCAGGAGACUAAAGAAGGCUAAAGAUGCAUUUCUGGGUGUGGCUUCAGGUGUAGGAGUGGCAGCAGCACACCCUGGGCACCAGCAGAUCUUCCACUGGGUUUCAUGGGCAUGUGGCCAGGACUCCACACCACUAGGGGGCGAUCUAUCAGAUGUUAGAGUGCUGACUCAGGACUGA